CAGUAAUAGGGACAGUUUCCUCCGCCGGCGUGAGGAGAUCCCGGCCCGGGCUCGUGAGGAGAUCCCGGGUUUGCAGGAUCCGUGGUCGCGCCACCUCGCCUUUGCCCCCUUCGUGCCGGAGCGGGGUCACAAGCUCCCGAGUCCCUCCGAUCCCUGCAGCCGGCGUCUCGCCGUAGUGCGACUCUUAGAGCCAAAAUGAGUCUGUUUGGAACAACCUCUGGUUUUGGAACUAGUGGGACCAGCAUGUUUGGCAGCACAACUACAGAUAACCACAACCCUAUGAAGGAUAUUGAAGUGACAUCCUCUCCUGAUGAUAGCAUUGGUUGUCUGUCUUUUAGCCCACCAACCUUGCCAGGGAACUUUCUUAUUGCCGGAUCGUGGGCUAAUGAUGUUCGCUGCUGGGAAGUUCAAGACAGUGGACAGACUAUUCCUAAAGCCCAGCAGAUGCACACGGGGCCUGUCCUCGACGUCUGCUGGAGUGAUGAUGGGAGCAAGGUUUUUACGGCUUCAUGUGAUAAAACUGCCAAAAUGUGGGACCUUAACAGUAAUCAAGCGAUACAGAUUGCACAGCAUGAUGCUCCUGUGAAAACCAUUCAUUGGAUCAAAGCCCCGAACUACAGCUGUGUGAUGACCGGGAGCUGGGAUAAGACUUUGAAGUUUUGGGAUACACGAUCAUCAAAUCCCAUGAUGGUUUUGCAGCUCCCUGAGAGGUGUUAUUGUGCCGACAUGAUAUAUCCUAUGGCCGUGGUGGCAACUGCGGAGAGGGGACUGAUAGUCUAUCAGUUGGAGAACCAGCCUUCUGAAUUCAGGAGGAUAGAAUCUCCCCUGAAACAUCAGCACCGAUGUGUGGCCAUCUUUAAAGACAAGCAGAACAAGCCGACAGGGUUCGCGCUGGGAAGCAUCGAGGGCAGAGUAGCCAUCCACUACAUCAACCCCCCAAACCCUGCCAAAGAUAACUUUACCUUUAAAUGUCACCGAUCUAACGGAACCAAUACUUCAGCUCCUCAGGACAUCUAUGCGGUCAAUGGAAUUGCAUUCCAUCCUGUUCAUGGCACCCUUGCCACCGUGGGAUCUGAUGGUAGAUUCAGCUUCUGGGACAAAGAUGCUAGAACAAAACUGAAAACUUCGGAACAGUUAGAUCAGCCCAUAUCGGCUUGCUGCUUCAAUCACAACGGAAACAUAUUUGCCUAUGCUUCCAGCUACGACUGGUCCAAGGGCCAUGAAUUUUAUAAUCCUCAAAAGAAAAAUUACAUUUUCCUGCGGAAUGCAGCCGAAGAACUGAAGCCCAGGAACAAGAAGUAGUGACGGAGACGUCUGUGGUCCGGAGUCGUUUCCUCUGUGCUCUGCCUGAUGUGGACGAAUCUGGGGCCUGGCUUUUGGUGGGUUGUCAAUCAUGGAUGUGGAUUUCAACCCCUGGGGAAAACAAUGUCAUGGUUUAGCAUUUGGGCCCUCGGGCCACGUGACUGCUGGUCUGUCCAUUCCACUGCCUGUUACAGGAGUCCUCUGACCCUACAGGGAUCGAGGCCAUUACCGAGGUAGAGUCCUGUGGGCCCCUGGUCUGCAGUGCUCAGUUCAACAGAGUGUUCUAGAGACACUGGGCAACGUUUUAUCAACACAGUACUGUUCUUUGUAAUAAAACAUUUUAAAGACUGCC